AUGGGUGUCUCUUCCUUUAUGGACAAGAUGAAGCCUGGAAAGGCCGAAUCUGUUUUCUCUUCCCAGGCUGCGACGCCUGCUCGUGCGGACUCUACCUCUGCCGAGAAAGAUAACCUUACGCUCGAUGACAGCCCUGUCAAGUACCUGACCUGGCGAUCCUUCAUCCUGGGUCUGUGUGUCUCCAUGGGUGGUUUCAUUUUCGGAUAUGCUACAGGUCAAAUCGCGGGUUUCACUACCAUGGAGGACUUCAAGCAGCGUUUCGCGGAGCACAAUGCCGCCACUGAUCAAUAUGUCUUCAGUAACGUUCGCAACGGUUUAAUUGUUGGCCUGCUGUCUAUCGGAACCAUGAUUGGUGCCCUGGUUGCUGCCCCCAUUGCGGACCGCAUUGGCCGCAAGUUCUCCAUCUCUUUCUGGGCCCUGAUUCACAUCGUCGGUAUCAUUGUGCAGAUUGCUACCACCGACAAGUGGUACCAGAUUGCCAUCGGCCGUUGGGUCGCCGGUCUGGGUGUCGGUGCGCUUUCCAGCGUCGUCCCCAUGUACCAGUCUGAGUCCGCUCCCCGCCAGGUCCGUGGUGCCAUGGUCAGUGCUUUCCAGCUCUUCGUCGCCUUCGGUAUCUUCAUCUCCUACAUUGUCAACUUCGGCACCGAGAGACUCAAGACUGAUGCCUCGUGGCGCAUCACCAUGGGCAUUGGAUUUGCCUGGCCCCUGAUCCUCGGUAUCGGUACUCUCUUCCUGCCCGAGUCUCCUCGCUUCGCCUACCGCCACGGUCGUACCGAAGAGGCCCACGAUGUCAUGUGCAAGCUCUAUGGUGUUCCCCACAACCACCGCGUUGUUGCCCAAGAGAUGGCCGAUAUGAAGCAAAAGCUUGAGGAAGAAAUGGCCAGCGGCGAGGCUCCCUGGCAAGAGGUUUUCACCGGUCCCCGCAUGUUCCACCGUAUCAUGCUCGGUAUCGCUCUCCAGUCCUUGCAGCAGCUGACUGGUGCCAACUUCAUCUUCUACUACGGAACUAGCAUUUUCGAUGGUAUCGGUCUGGACAACUCCUACGUCACUUCCAUCAUUCUGGGCGCUGUCAACUUCGGUAUGACCCUCCCCGGUCUGUACAUUGUCGAGCACUACGGUCGCCGCAAGUGUUUGAUGUACGGUGCUGGCUGGAUGUUCAUCUGCUUCAUGAUCUGGGCCUCCGUUGGUCACGAGAUCAUCAACGUCAACCCUGCUUCGCACUCUGCCGGUAUUGCUAUGAUCGUCUUCACUUGUUUCUUCAUUGUCGGAUUCGCCACCACCUGGGGUCCCAUCGUCUGGGCCAUCUGUGGUGAGAUGUAUCCCUUCAAGUACCGCGCUGUCUGCAUGGGUAUUGCUACUGCUGCCAACUGGACCUGGAACUUCCUGAUCUCGUUCUUCACCCCCUUCAUUGACGGUGCUAUCGACUUCCGCUACGGCUAUGUCUUCGCCGCCUGCUGCUUCGCCGCCGUCCUGGUUGUCUUCUUCUUCGUCAACGAGACUCAGGGUCGUACCCUCGAGGAGGUCGACACCAUGUACGUUCUCCACGUCAAGCCCUGGAAGUCCUCCAGCUGGACUCCUUCCCCCGGUCUUGUGGACGACCUGCACCGGGGUUCCAUUGGAGCUGCCAAGGAGGGCGAGGCCGGUGCUAGCCAGCACCAGCACCAUGACGAGUCCAGCGAGAUUCGCGAGUAA